AUGGAUUUGAUAGAAGAUAAAAUAAAAAACAAUUUAAUAACGGAAGAACAAGGAAGAUAUAUAGCAGCCAAAUAUGAUGAUUUUGUAGAGAGGUUUUUGAAGAUCAAUCAUACAUCGAUAAAUUUCAGCGGCAAAAUACUAACAUAUAAUUUUGUGGAGGGAGUCUGGAAGUUUGUAGUUUCCAAUCUAGAUGUCUCACAUAACAACAGGAUGUAUAAGAUUCCACUGGUUACAAUAGUUGCAAUGGAAUCAGAUACAGACAAAGAUUCUGGAAGAAAGAAACGUAAAUUAAAAUAA